GAUCAACACAAAGCGGCCAUGCGGGAGUCUGUUCAUUUGACGCCCGUGAAGAGGGGUACAUCACGUGUGCAAUAUGAAGCGUCAGCCAAAUCUCCGCGAGGACUAAUCCUUAUUUAGAAUUUCGCCGCUAACCCUAAAGUCGUGACCCAGCUAUCGAUAAGAGCCAACCUUUGCAUUGGAAAGAACAUUUCCCGACAUCACAAGGUAUCGUCAUUCACAAGCGAUCUAUUUCCACGUCGGACGCGCGAUCCGCAAUUCUCCACCUACACGAAAAGCCACGUCGUACGAUAGACUGACUGGCGAGGUCAUGCCAAAAUGACCACAUCCACUACCGAUUCUGCAUAUUUGAACUUUCCGACUCUCCUCGACCCUGCGUUCUCGCCGAGUGCUUAUGCGAACGACCUUGUCCUUGCGACAAAUAACCCAUCGGAUACCACAAUCGACCUAAGCACUCCACUGAGCCGCGUACUGUUCGAUGCGCAGGAAGUCGACACGCAUAUUGACACACUCACGACACAGUACGCGGGUCCCAUAAUCGAUAUCACACAAUCCAAAGCCGAUGCCAGCGCAGCUGUUCUUGAGACCGUCGAAGCUCAGGUCGCUGGGCUGAAGGAGAGCUAUGAGCGAUUACAGCGGGAAGUAGUCGACCGAUGGGAGUCUGCCGAGCAGGUUCGACUAGUUGCUGAGCGACUCGUAGAGGCUUUGAGAUUGGGUCGGAAAGUUCUCCGAUGUUUACAGCUUGCGCGGCAGCUGGAGUCAUCUGUUGCAGAGGGACGCAUGGUCGGCGCAGCAGAGACGAUUUUGGAUGUCCGAGAAGUUUUCACGCAGGAUCCCCACAUUCAGCUUGACCGUGUCAAAGUAGUAGCAUCGGUGCGAGCGGAUGUACUAGUACCUAUGGAACGUGCUGUUGUACAACGCGCACAAGGUGUCGUCAAAGAAUUCAGCAUGUCAGGGCUCCUCGCUGCUACUGCCGCUGGACAAUCAAGUGCCUCGUCUACUAACCCAGCACUCACAUCUACCUACGCUCGUACGGAAGAGACGAAAUCGCGGGCAAGUCAGGCAAUUCAUACGCUGUAUCUCCUCUCGCCUGUGCCCAAAGGGAGCAAAUCCACCGUUUCAGAGGCGAACGAAGGCCGCUCUUUCGAGCCCACGCUGUUACUUGCAGCCUUAACUUCAUAUCUGCAAAUUAGCCUCUCAUCUUCCACAGCCAGCCUGGCUCGCGCACUCGCUAACCUCCCGGGUCUUGACCGCACACUCCUCGAAAUCUCAGCGCGCUGUCAAAAUCUUGUUGCCCUUGAGACUCUACUCGCCAGCCUGCAGCCUCCAAUUCACCCAUCACUCCCCUCACCUGCCAGAUCCUUGGACGAAGACGAUGGUGAUGACUCCCUCACACCUGCAAACCUUCUUGCGCCACUACUCCGCCAUCUCGAUACUGCUUCAUUACCCUCAUACUUCUGGCGUAGUCUCGCAUCGGCCAUGCCGCCUCGGGUCAAUGAGGUUCUGAACAAGGGAGGCUCAACAGCGCGGACGCUUCGAGCUUCGCGUGACCGGUUGAGGGAAAUGCUGAGGGAAUGUGUAGAACGAGGGAGUCGGUUACCGGGCACUAGUGAGGGGAGGAGAACAGUCGGUGAAGGUGCUGGUGGUACGGCGGUGGCCAAUUGGGAGAGGGAAGCGGCUGUCAUGGUUGGUAGUGUAGUGGGAUCCCUAGGUAGAUGAGACAACUGGCCGGCGCGUUAGACACUCAAAAUCGAAACUUUGUUGAGCAUCUCGCCUUGGACGAUGCUUGAGCUUGCCUCGAC